CACCGACAUAAUACACCAGACUAGCCAAAUCUCCAAAGGAAGUUGAUCAAGGCAGCACCGUCAGCCGUACACCCGCUGUGCAAUGGAUGCCACCUGCUACUGGAUGCCGCACUCUUACAUUGAGCGACAUUCGUCAGACAAAAGCCUAAGGCAAUACGGCAUAACCUGGGCGAGACUCUUGAUGGAACUUUGGUAUAUUAAUGUCAAUACUCUGGCAUACCAUGAAACACUUUUAAUGAACAAAGCAGCACUUAUUGACCCCCUCCGUUCUGUCCCGCCCAAGGUUAUGAUAGAUCUACAAAGAUGUGUGGGAAUGUUGGGUAUUUAAAAAAAAUGAGUUAGUAAGCUCUGUGGUUGAUUCAAAUUUCGUUGAGAUAUUUUACCUUUGAUGUUUGAUGCAGCAGAUACCGAGGGCUUCCCGACCG